GUCGAAGACAUUGUUUCACAAAGAUUCAGGAAGCUUAAAGGAUUAGUGAUAACAUGCAUUCGGCGACCUCUCGGAAAACUGACAAACUUUUCAAGAAGAAGACGAAUAUUCCCAACAGCAUAUCAGUUUAUGUAUUUCAGAAUUGCUUUGUAUCCCUGAUCGAUGGCGACGAUUUUAAAAGGAAUGGUGGCUUUGGCCGAAGAGCUCCAAAACCGAGACAAGAAAGUUGUGAUAUGUGAAACGUUUUUCUACCUGCUAAUUAUUUCGAUGGCAAUCGUUGGAAACUCCAGUGUUCUUUUGGCGGUGUACAGAAACUCAAGACUACGGACGAUUCCUAACUACUACAUUGUAUCGCUGGCGAUCUCUGAUAUUCUUUUACCUUUGCUAUGUGCUCCGUAUUCUCUUGCUGUUGCCAUCGUUGGACACUGGCCAUUUAAUGACAACGUCUGCCAAAGUCAGGGAUUUUUUGUCAUAAUCUUGGCUUGCGCCUCUUUGUUGAUCUUAACUCUGACCGCGAUCAAUCGAUUUUUCCGAAUAGUGCUAACGAAACAUUAUCGAAGAAUUUUUACCAAAUGGAAAACCAUAAUUAUGAUUGCAUUUGGAGUCGGAUUAGCUUGCAUGGAACCAUUACCCUAUUUACUUUCGGGUCGACGUUAUGUCUUUCAUCCCGGGAAGUUGUUUUGCUUUCAAACAGCUGAAAUUUCCCUUCCAAAUUUCAUAGUGUAUUUUUACGUUGGUUUGCCUACUUUUGCUUUAAGUAUUUGCUAUGCUCUCGUCUUCAGACAAAUGCGUAUUCACCAAAGAACAGUUCAAAGUUUACGUUCCUCUUCCUUGGCUGCGGAUAACAUUUCUUCUGCUGAUGUUAGAGUUACAAAGAUUCUAUUCAUCACGGUAAUAGGAUUUUUGGCUUGUUGGACACCGAUUGCGGUCAUAGAUUUUGUGGACACGUUCCGAGGUGAAGUUUCUCUUCCGAGACAAGUCUAUGUUUUUUAUCUAAUUUUGGGAAAUCUUUCAGGAGCCGUGAAUCCUUUUAUUUACGGUUUCUUGAACAGGAAUUUCAGACAAGAAUAUAAAAAGAUCUUUUCGUUAAGGAAAAGAAGCUCAAGACUGGAACAUUUGCAAAUGGACUUGACUUCGUUUUCGACUCGCCACCCUCGCAAUGCAGAACUAUCUACCUAGUAGUAAUAAUUCUUUUUGCUAAUUCAGGUCAAUGGAGAACAUGUGUGGUUUUGUUGUGAUUUAUUUCGUUUUCCGUAGAGAUAGUGGCUUGGAAAUCAAUACUGAAGUACAAGGAAAACUAAGCUGUACAAAUACAGUUUAUUUUAGAUUUUGCGAAAUGCCAUUAAGUUCAUCAAGGACAUCUAAAAAACGGAACGUGUUCUUCGUAUUUCAAAAAUCAGAUACUUUAGAAUUUUUCGUUGUAUUUUUUCUACUUUUGUUUUUUUUUUUUUCGCUAAAUGUUCGGUGUUUUCAUUAAUUUUUCCGGUUUGCUUUGCUAAGAACCACAAAAAUAAAUACGAAGAUAAUUAAUUUCCCUUUUAGCCGUCGAAGGACACAUUUCAAGAAGUUUGACAAUCAGUAAUAAUAUAAAAGAUCAGAUUGGAAAGAGAUCUGACAAUUUCCUUUCUGUUAGAUGACAGCAGGUAAUAAAAAUCUCGAACCUGCGACAGACGUAAACACUGGGUCAGGAGCAGAAUUAUUACACUAAAUUUCCCGCUCUUUUCAUUCAUCAAAACUCUCUUUAUUUUCACUCAUUGUCGCCUUACGGAUAAAGUAUGGUCUUUUUUUUUUUUUCUUCUUCUUCUGGCAACCUUCAAUUCCACUAUGGUAACAGGCUAUUGCUCAACUCAAAGUACUUUGUAACG